CUAAUCUAAAAAAAUAAAGACGAAAGGAAAAAAAAAUAUAAUCACUGCAACUUGGAAAAACCGCUGCUACCUGGAAACCAAAACUAGAGUAUACUUUUCUGUAAUUAUCGAAUCAAUUUCAAAUAUGAUUCAUCCUUUUCCUCAAAAUUUCACUUGAUUUUCUUCGAUUUAAAUCCCUGGUUGAUUUUGGGGAAGAAGGGUUUUUAAGAAUAAGAAGAAUUGAAAAUAAACCCUAAUUUCUCGAAGAAGAUGGAAAAUGGUGGUUUAUCUGAUAAAUUUGGCGAAUUAAGUAUCGAUAAUGCUAAAGAUAAUAGUCUCUUUCAGGUCAUGAAAGCUGUAGAAGCUGCUGAAGCUACUAUUCGUCAACAGGUCGAAGAAAACAAUAGGUUAAGGGCAGAGCUUCUGAGGAGAGAUCAAGAACUUGAAACCAUUAAAGUUGAUUAUCCUAUGACUCAGGGUCACUCUGUUGAUAUAUCUGAUAACAAUAGGCAAAUCAACAGGGUCUAUCAAACCAGUCAAACUUAUCAAUCAGGUACCGUUUCUCCUUCAAGAUUUAAUGCUGAAAUGCAGAAAGUGUAUAGUAAUGGGAAAGCAAACACACUUCCAGUUGGCCAGACCUCAGAAACUGCUAACUUUUCUCAGCCCACAUCACCAACAUUGCACUCUUCUGGCAGGUUCUACAAGGAUGGAGAAUAUGGACCUAACAAUGAUCAAACACAAAGAUUGCUGCCAGUAACAGAAUUAGAAAAUCCUAGUACCCUUUGGAAGCAGAUCAAGGAGCGUGAUGAAGAUAUUAUUCAGCUUCAGAAGCAGUUGAGUGACUAUUCCAUAAAGGAAGGCCAAAUUCGUAAUGAGAAAUAUAUUCUAGAGAAACGCAUUGCUCAUAUGCGAAUGGCAUUUGAUCAGCAGCAACAAGAUCUAGUUGAUGCAGCCUCCAAAGCUCUCUCAUAUAGGCAAGAUAUAAUAGAAGAAAAUGUACGACUAACAUAUGCUUUACAGGACGUGCAGCAAGAGAGAACAAUAUUUGUGUCUUCUUUGUUGCCUCUUCUAGCUGAAUAUUCUUUUCAGCCGCAAGUUUCAGAUGCCCAAUCGAUUGUUGGUAGUAUCAAGGUCCUAUUUAAGCAUCUCCAAGAAAGGUUAAUGAUCACCGAGGCAAAACUGAAAGAGUCUCAAUAUCAACUAACUCCAUGGCGCUCUGGUGGAACUAGCCCAAACUUUGCCCCCCAAUCCCCUGAACAUGCCACUGGUGUAGCACUGACUUCAAGAACAAUGGGGCUUGAACUUGUGCCUCGUCCGCAAUAUGCUCCCACAAAUUUGGCAAACCCUGAUGGUCAGAUUGCUACAGAUUGGAAUUCUAGGGGGCAUCAUUCAGUUCAAGCUGAUGCAAAUGCUGGUGUUGGACAAAGUACAGAACUAGAAAAUCCUGGAAGGUUUUGGCCUAAUGCAAGCAGGGAUUCAGAUGUCAAUGAUACACCAGCACAAGGAGCUGUGAGCCAUGAUGAAUUGCAUCCUACACAUAGUAGGAUGGUCAAAUUUAAGGAUCCUGUCAGUAGUGCUGAGGUUGACAGAGCUGCUGCGGAACGGUACCAGAAUGAAAAUGAAGACAGUGGAACUUGGGGUUCUUCGGGGUCCUUUCCCUAUUCCAAUGCCCUAGAGGAUCAUAAUCCUUCUUUUUCUCCAAUUCUUCAACCAGUUCCUGAAGAACCUUCAUCAUCAUUCUCUGAGGCUGCUGAUGACGAUCCAUUGCCAGCUAUAGAGGAUCUUCAAAUAUCAGGUGACCCUUAUCCAGGGAGAGAGAUCUUGGCAUGUGGCAUUUCAGUCAAUGGAACAACUAGUUGCAAUUUUGAGUGGGUGCGUUAUUUGGAAGAUGGGUCAGUGAAAUAUAUAGAUGGUGCAAAACAACCUAACUACCUUGUCACAGCUGAUGAUGUGGAGACUUAUUUGGCCAUUGAAGUCCAGCCUUUGGAUGAUAGAAAUAGGAAGGGGGAGCUUGUCAAGGUUUUUGCUAAUGAUCACAAGAAAAUAUCUUGCGAUCCUGCUAUGCAGAGUCAUAUAGAACAGAACUUGCGGAAUGGCCAGGCCUCAUAUAAUGUAUCUGUAUCGCUGGUGCAGGCAAAUUUUCUUGACAUAUGGGAACCUGCUAUUUUGACGAUUAAGCGCGAGGGGUACAGUAUCAGGGGUACUGGAUCCAGCAUUGUAGUUAUCAAUGAGAAGUUUGUGCCAGGAACCACUGUAAGCAUUACCCAUGGGCAACAUAUUGAGUUUUCUAUAGAUGGUCCUAAUGAGGUGAAGCGUUUAUUGCGAGCUGAAGAUACUGUACCAGACAUUUCCAGUUUAAGAGAUGCAAUAGUCCUCACAUUGAGAUUAUUCAUCAUGAAGGCUAUGCAAAAAGGAAAAGGAAAGAGGAGGCGGAUGUUUUUUAGCAAGUGAUGGAUUUUUGUGCAAGGUUCUCUUUCCCUAUCUUCUGGAGUGUUGUAUUCAUUUCGGGUUAGUGGAUUUUAUUGUGUAUUAUAGUGAAAAAUGUGGAAAUGUCGAGUAAUGUAAGUUAUAAGUUAUUCAUGAAUGUAAACAAUUAAUUCUUGAAAUUUUGGAGCAUAUUUUUGUAUUACCGGAUGUCUGUCCAUUUUAGUAGCAACUCAAACCUAAGCGUUGUUUAUAGAUCCAUCAGCUUGAGCUUGA